AUGCACUUUAUCGGGAACAGCGUCGUUUCGCUCGCCACUCUGGCUGCUGUGCUUACCGUAGUGUAUGCAGCGCCCGCCAUGACGCCAGACACCACCCUUACCAUAUCUGACGAUCUAGCCAAUCAACUCGACGCCGCUUCAAAGCGUGAUACCUACACCUAUACCGUCGCCGACGACCUAGCCGACCACCUGGACCUCGCCGAGCGGGACGUUACCGUUGUCAAGCUCGACACCCGCGAUACCUCUUCGAUGUAG